AUGGCUCGCAAGCUCAGCCUUUUAUCAUCGGCCCUUUUGAUUAUAGGGUUGACGCAGGUUGAAACAUUUGUAUUCGGUACCGGUAAUGGUACUGGUCCCGUGGUACCAAAAGUCCCAUGUUAUUUUAUAUUUGGAGACUCAUUGGUCGAUUGCGGCAACAACAAUGAUCUUCAGACCGCAGCAAAAGCCAAUUACAAACCGUACGGGAUGGAUUUCCCCACGGGUGUUAAUGGUAGAUUUACCAACGGUCUAACCAUUGCCGACCUCAUCGGUCAACUUCUCGGUUUCGAUCACUUCAUUACAUCGCAUGCUGCCGCAACUGACAAAGAGAUAUCCACAGGCGUAAACUACGGUAGCGGUAGUGCUGGUAUUCGAGAGGAAUCCGGAAGCCAUCUGGGUGAUCGGGUGUGCUUGGAUAAGCAACUAAGCAAUCACGAACAAAUACUUACACGUAUUUCAGCCCUACAACAAAACCAGACACUUACGGAUGAACACUUAAGAAAAUGCCUUUACAUAGUAAACAUGGGAAACAAUGAUUACAUUAACAACUACUUGAUGCCUGAAUUGUACAACUCAAGUCACCAAUACAAAAUGGAACAAUUUUCAGAAGUCCUUGCGCAACAAUUCACUAAACAACUAAAGAAACUAUACAGACUGGGAGCUAGGAAGGUUGCAGUGUUUGGUUUGGGUAUGAUAGGGUGCGCACCAGCUUUGAUGGACAGGUUUGAAACCGACGGACAUUGUGUGGAUUGGAUAAAUGACGCGGUUAUGUUAUUUAAUAACAGGCUGAAACCUCUUGUUGAUGAGCUCAACUUUGUUUUCCCUGAUGCAAAAUUCACCUUCAUUAACAUUACAAACAUUCUAGCACCAAAAGGAGGUGAACCAUUGCCAAAUAAACCAUGCUGUCCUGUAAGACCAGACGGACAAUGUGUUCCAGACGGGAUUUGUUGCCCUAGUCGGUCGUUAUCUGUUUACCUAGAUAGUUUUCAUCCUACGGAGAUUGCAAACAUAGUGCUUGCAACUAGAGCAUACAAAGCUCAGUCUAGUUUGGAUGCGUCUCCUAUGGAUAUUGGUCAACUUACUCGAGACAUAACUGAUACAUGA